AGAGAAGUAGGGUGCAAACGAUGGAUUCAGUUUACGAUCGCGCCCUUGUGGAAAUAGGAAAUAACAAUAGGUACCAAAAACAGUACGAUAUUCUUUAUAAUGUCGGCCUGGUGCUACUAUGGAGCAUGGUAUACACAAACAUUAUAUUGUGCCUUACAAUUGUUCCGCAUAUGUGCAAAAUACCCGAUAAUUCUGAAAACAUUACUGAAUACUCAUGGAAACAAAAAAAUAUACCCACAUAUAUUGAUAUAGCAGGAGAAGUUCAUUUUGAUAGUUGUUUACUAUUUACUUCGACAGAUAAUCAUAACCAUACAAAAGAUUGUAACGAUUUCGUUUAUGAUAAAACUUGGUACGAAUCGACUGUAAGCACAGAGAACAACUGGGUUUGUGGAAACGAAUUGUACGUUGCUAAUAUCUUGAGCUUCAGUAAAAUAGGUGAAACCCUUGGAUCCAUUGUCUUUGGAUGGCUAGGCGAUGCGUGGGGUCGUCGGCCAACGUUACUGCUAUCUUUAUUUAUGAUUAUAGCUGGUAGAUUUUUGUCUUUGAUAGGUAAAAACUCGUAUAUUAUAUUUAUGAUAGGGUGCAUUAUAUCUGCUUUUCCGUCCUGGUCAGUGCCCCAAUCAGCGUCAUUAAUAUCUGUAGAAUUUUCAUCGUCUUCAAGAAGAACUGUAAUAACCACGCUACGUUUUGCAUCGUACAGCAUUGGGAUGGCAUUGAUGGCCUUAAUCUUUUGGGGAUUACGGGAUUGGAAAUUACUACUUAUAGCAACCACAGCAUCUUUAAUGCCAUAUUUAUUUUUAUGCUGGAAACUCAUAGAGUCACCCCGCUGGCUGCAUACAAGAGGAAGGAACAAAGAAUGUGUUAGAGCAUUGAAGCUGAUAGCUGAAAAAAAUAGAAUGAACUUGACUGCUGAAACAGAAGCUGAAUUGCUUAUGAGUAUUCCGGACGUAGAUAAGUCAGUUAAUCCGCUAAUAUUGUUCGCUGGCAAAAGACUGGCGCUGAUUACCAUCUUACAGAUUAUAUUGUGGGCAUGUAUUACUUUAAAUUAUACCGUUCUGGUUCUGAGGGCAGGCGAAAAAUCAGAUGGAAAUCCAUUUGUAAACUUUGCGUGGCAAUGUGUAGUUGAGGUGCCCUCCAAUUUUAUUGGCGCUUGGCUAGCUGAUAGUAUUGGUAGGAGAAAGACGGGUGCCAUAUCAAACUUGAUAACGGCUGCUAUGUGGGCAAUUAUUCUAUUGCGAGAUACAACUUCUAUUUCCCUGAUUCGUCAUUGGUUGUUUAGCAGCAUUAUAGUGAUUAUUGGGCGUUUAUCAAUUUUUGUGUCCUAUUAUGCUCUUAGUCUCUUUAGUAUAGAGCUUUAUCCCACCGGCUUGCGGCAAACAGGAAUGGCUUAUGGAAAUAUUAUUUCAAGCUGCGCCUCCGCUGUAGCUCCUUACAUUUUAUUUAUGGGUAGAAGGUAUGAUAUUCGAGUACCAGCAAUAAUAUUAACUAUAGCUUCUAUAAUUGCCGUUGCAUCGUCUCUAUUGCUACCUGAAACGUUGAAUGUAAAGUUGCCAGAAACAUUGGAGGAAGCUCAAAACUUCGGAAAAAGAAGUAAAGCAUACGAACCUACAGAUAUUCAAGCAAAAGAUAACUUACUACCUCUUCAAGAGAUUAAAAAAUAAUUUA